GCACAUUUAGUGGAAUAAGAGGGCUGACUACCUCCACGCAAAAGUUUAGUUUGAAAUAACUGCCACCACAAAGGCUGUCACGCAUUGGGACUGAGGUCAUAAUAAAGAGGUUUAUUUAAAUCUGAAAGCAUUACUAUUUUCCCCAGCCUAAGAUGUUGGUUGCCAUCAUAUAAAUCCUCCUUUUUAAUAAAAAAAUGACAUUUUAGAACCAAAUAGUGCUAUACACAUGAAUAGUCAGAACUUAACUGGUUUAUGUGCAGAGUAAUGAAAGCUAGUUUUACCAGAAAAGUAAAUUUUGAAUUGUGUCUCCUGUCUGACUGUAUUCUUUUGUCAUCCUCUAGUCCACCCACAAAUGAAUUAUCAGGAGUGAACCCAGAGGCACGUAUGAAUGAAAGUCCCGAUCCGACUGACCUGGCAGGAGUCAUCAUUGGCUCGGCCCCAAUGACAGGUGAUCCACAGACAAGUGAAUUUAAAGGAGCAACCGAGGAGGCACCUGCGAAAGAAAGCCCACACACAAGUGAAUUUAAAGGAGCAGCCCUCGUGUCACCUAUCAGUGAAAUUGUGUUAGCACGACUUUCCAAGUUUGAAGUUGAAGAUGCUGAAAAUGUUGCUUCAUAUGACAGCAAGAUUAAGAAAAUUGUGCAUUCAAUUGUAUCAUCCUUUGCAUUUGGACUAUUUGGAGUUUUCCUGGUCUUACUGGAUGUCACUCUCGUCCUUGCUGACCUAAUUUUCACUGACAGCAAACUUUAUAUUCCUUUGGAGUAUCGUUCUAUUUCUCUAGCUAUUGCCUUAUUUUUUCUCAUGGAUGUUCUUCUUCGAGUAUUUGUAGAAGGAAGACAGCAGUGUUUUUCUGACUUAUUUAACAUUUUAGAUACUGCCAUCAUUGUGAUUCUUCUGCUGGUUGAUGUCGUUUUUUUUUUUGACAUUAAGUUGCUUAGGAAUAUUCCCAGAUGGACACAUUUACUUCGACUUCUACGACUUAUUAUUCUGUUAAGAAUUUUUCAUCUGUUUCAUCAAAAAAGACAACUUGAAAAGCUGUUAAGAAGGCGGGUUUCAGAAAACAAAAGGCGAUACACAAGGGAUGGAUUUGACCUAGACCUCACUUACGUUACAGAACGUAUUAUUGCUAUGUCAUUUCCAUUUUCUGGAAGGCAGUCUUUCUAUAGAAAUCCAAUCGAGGAAGUUGUGCGGUUUCUAGAUAAGAAACACCGAAACCACUAUCGAGUCUACAAUCUAUGCAGUGAAAGAGCUUAUGAUCCUAAGCACUUCCAUAAUAGGGUCGUUAGAAUCAUGAUUGAUGAUCAUAAUGUCCCCACUCUACAUCAGAUGGUGGUUUUCACCAAGGAAGUAAAUGAGUGGAUGGCUCAAGAUCUUGAAAACAUCGUAGCGAUUCACUGUAAAGGAGGCACAGGUAAUAGCAUUUUCCUUUUUAUUUCUGCAUUUCUAAAGAUAUGUAAAUAUACAUAAAGUACAAGAACAAGAUACGUAUUGCUAUUAAUAUGUAUUAAUAAUUGUUAGCAUUUUUAAAUAUUAGCUCCAAGACUGAAAGAAGGGAAGGAGAAAGGAAAGAGGAGAGGAGGAAGGG